AUGAAUUUUCUCCAGUCCUAUAAUUAUUGCUUGUAUCCAUUUCGUCCACAAUUAUAUUAUAAUUUGUAUGCAGAAAAUAUUCAAGAAUAAAAUCAAGCUGCUACAAAUUAUAAGCAAGAAGUUAUAUAAUGGUAUAUAUGGUUUUGUUAUAUUUACAGGCUGUUCACAUUAGAAUAAUCUGAAUUGUACAAACUAUUUCAGAUAAAAGGAUAAUUAAAAACAUUUCCAAUAAUGAAGAUGUACAUACACGAUAAGCAAUUUCAACCUUCAAACUAUGCACUUAACCAACAAACUACAAUUAAUUUGGAGUCUAAAAUUGAUGAUUAGUUUUUUAUAAACACACGAAUCAUUCACAAAAAAACAGAUGAAUUGUAUGAUAAGUUGAUUAUUUUCGAUGAUGAAAGUUUUCUCGACACAAUAGUAGUAAGAGAACCUUAUUUAGAAAAUUUAAAUGGUUUCCUUGAAUUGUUAGAUGAACUAUCUGAUAAAUAUUUUCUCAAUUCUUCUGCAAGAACAAAUUUAGAAAAAGCAGAAGACCCAUUUUGGUUUCAUUAAAAUAGUUUUCAUAGUUGUUCAGCCUGGAUAAUAAAGGAAUUCGAAAAAAAUAUUAAUUUUUAUUACAAUACUUAAAGAGACAAAAAGAAGAAAUAUCGUUUCUAGAAUUAAAUGAUGAAUAAAAGUAACUCAAAAGAUAUCUAAGAAUAUUUUGAAAGAAAUCUAGCAAAUAAUAAAGAGAAAUUGAACCUUUAUUUUGAAUAAAUACAAGCAGAUUUUAAAGAAAAUCCAUAAAGCUUAGAAAAUAUUUUUUAUGACAAUAUAUUCUCAGGCACCGCAAUUAAAUUAUUAAAACCAUAAAUUGAAUUAUCACUUAACUUUUAAUAAAAAUGUCACACUGACUCAAAUAUUAUUAAAUCUAUGUUAAUUACAUAGAUGCCAGAUUUAUUAGAUUAGAAAACAUACUUCCUAAAGAAAUUCUAUUAGAUAGUGAUUCAAUUGUUUUAAGAGCAUUUGGAGAAUGAAUUAUUUAGCAGUGAACUAGCAAUUAAAAAGAAAAAAGAUAAAAAAAAGUAGAAGAAAAAAAAGUCGGAAAAGACUGAAUAUAAGAAGGCUCUUGAUCCAAUUGAGUUGAAUCAACGUCUCUCAAGCAAGAACUUAUAAGAAUCAAACAUACUCAGAUUUUAGAGAUCAUAUUCUUAAAAUAAUUUUGCAUAUUCUUAUGUUACUCCACCUAAUACACCUUCAGCUUGGGAAAAUAGCGAUGAUCAAAGUGAGGUGAAUGCUUAAAGCUAUUAAUCCCAGAAUCAAAAAUAAUAAAAUAACGAAAGAUAACACAAAGUUAAAGAAAGUUAAAGUAUUAUAGAUUACGAAUAAGCGAAUAUAUCGUAAGCAUUUGUAGAAAAUUUGUAAAAUCCUACUAAUGAUGAUUUUGUAGAGUAUACUCAAACAAUAACUCUAAAUAUUUUAAAAACAGUCUAUGAGUCUUUGGUGGAUGAAAAUGCACAUAAAGAAGAACUAAUAAGAGAGAAAAAGAAGAUUAAGAAGAAAUAGAAAACUGUUUGGAGGUCUAUUCCAGAAAGUAGAGAUGAAUAAAUGUAAUUAUAAUCUCCUGAAUCUGAAAUUACAAGAUUCUCUGUAGAAACUUAAGCUUAAACAAUAAGAAGUCUUUGUUCAAAUAGAACAGCCUCAACUUCUGAAGAAGAGAAAAAGCAAAGACUGAAAUCAAGAAAAUCUGCAUAGUAAUUUGAGUAAUAGGAGACUGAAUCAAUUUCAUCUUCUAAUCAGACAUAAGACACCAGUUUAAAAGAAUAGAUUGAAAAUGUCUAAUAAAAAGCACAAUAGAAAUUAAUUGAAUAGAUUAGUUAUGAUAUUAUUGAAUUCACUGAUAACAUUAUGAAUGAUUAUGAAGAGAUGUUACCCUUUAGACUUUUAGCUUUUGAUAGAAUUAAACUAGUAAUUUAGAAAGUGUUCUAUGGAAUACCUGAUGAUAUGAUAUAGUAAGAAUAUAAUCACUAUUAAGAUUAUUUGGUUCAUGUGCUACUGGCUUAGCUUUAAUUGAUUCAGACAUAGACAUCGGCAUUAGUGGCUUUUAACCUAUGA